AUGGAGUUGGUGCUAGAGGGAGUGGAUAGCAGGAACCUAGAGAGUGCAGAAGGAGGACGAGUGAUUGUAGAAGUGGAUGACAAAGUGGCAAAAGUCAGAAAUAUAAAGGUGGACAGUAGGCUUGACGGCACGUGGGACUCAAGAGAAAAGAUAGUGGCAUUCAGCUUUGAUUACUGCUAUUGGUCAGUUGAUCCCGAAGAUCCAAAGUAUGCAUCUCAGGAAAUGGUGUUCCAGGACCUUGGCACUUCUGUGCUGUUGGGUGCGUUUAGAGGAUACAACAUCUGCCUCUUUGCAUAUGGACAGACAGGUUCAGGAAAAACUUACACCAUGAUGGGAACACCUGCGUCGAUCGGAUUGACACCUCGUAUAUGUGAGGGUCUCUUUUCAAGGAAGGAUGAUUACUCAGACCAGACAGCAUCUUGCAGAGUAAAGGUCAGUUUUCUUGAAAUCUAUAACGAGCGUGUUCGAGAUUUGUUAAAACAAUCAGACCACAAGAAACCUUACACUCUUCGAGUUCGAGAACACCCUGAAACAGGACCAUAUGUACAAGGAUUGUCUCAACAUUUAGUUACAGACUACAAGCAAGUUGUAGAACUCCUGGAGAAAGGAAUAGCUAAAAGAAUCACAGCGGCUACACACAUCCACAACGCCAGCAGCAGAUCCCAUGCUAUCUUCACCAUCCACUACACUCAGGCCAUAUUGGAAAACAAUCUCCCCUCUGAAAUUGCAAGCAAGAUCAACUUAGUGGACCUGGCAGGCAGUGAAAGAGCUGAUCCCAGUUACUGUAAAGAUCGAAUUACAGAAGGAGCCAAUAUUAACAAGUCAUUGGUUACACUGGGAAUUGUCAUCUCCACUUUGGCACAAAAUUCACAGAUGUUCAGCAGCUGCCAGAGCAUAAACACCAUAACAAGUGAAGGGGAAAGCAGUCAUGCAGGCAGUCCCUCUGCAGGCAGCAUCAGUGGGACCAGACGACAGGCUUACAUCCCGUACCGUGACUCCAUCCUCACCUGGCUGCUGAAGGACAGUCUGGGGGGCAACUCCAAGACCAUUAUGAUUGCUACUAUCUCUCCUGCCAGCUCCAGCUAUAAUGAGACCAUGAGUACCUUAAGAUAUGCUUCUAAUGCCAAAAAUAUAAUUAAUAAGCCCAGAGUGAAUGAGGAUGCGAAUGUAAAACUGAUCAGAGAACUGCGCGAAGAAAUCGACAGGUUAAAAACGAUGCUGCUGAGCUUUGAACUGAGGAAUUCUAGUCCUUCUUGGAGUGAUGACAGAGACGGAAAUCUGACCGAGUUGGUUCUUCAGAAUGAAAUGAAGAUUGAACAACUGACCAAAGACUGGACGAAUAAGUGGAUAGACAGAAAAGCCAUCAUGGAAGAAUACAGUGUAGACAUCAACAAAGAAAAAGCUGGAGUAACAAUAGAUUCAAGUUUACCUCAUCUAAUGGCAAUGGAUGAUGAUAUCCUCAGUACAGGAGUGGUGCUUUAUCAUCUCAGGGAAGGAACAACCAAAAUUGGAAGAAGUGAUUCAGACCAAGAUCAAGAUAUUGUUUUGCAGGGGCGGUGGAUUGAGAGGGACCAUUGUAUGAUAGACAACAGCUGUGGGAUUGUGACUUUACGACCGGUUCAGGGUGCACACUGCACUGUAAAUGGAAGCGAAGUCACAGGAUCGUGCCGUUUGUCGCAAGGGGCCCUUGUUGUCCUUGGCAAGGUUCAUAAAUUUAGAUUCAACCACCCAGCAGAAGCUGCCAUCUUACGACAAAGGAGAUCACUUACUGAGCCCCCACCUCUUCUGAGCUGUGGAACUUUGGACUGGCUUAACUUGGAUGGAAAUUUCACCCGUUCUCCUCACUAUCUCCCUUCUUCUCUUGAAAAUCAGAAAUGUACAAACCAUAAAGAAAACAAAUAUUCUGCUGAAAUAAGCAGAGAAAUAGAUGCUGUGCAUGAAGAGUACAAGCAGAAACUGAGAGACCAAGAAGCUUUCCACAGAAAACAAAUUCAACGGCAACAACUCUACGUUGAGGAGUUGAAGCAGCAGAUCCUUGCAGGACAGAUCAAAGCAGAGCGGGAACUAGAAAAUGACCAAGCGCUAAUCAACCAGCAGAUCCAAGAAAACCAGCAGUGGCUUAUAAAUGAGAAUAACCGACUGGCUGCCCUGCAACAGCAACAGAGGGAAUUUGCAGUGCAGACAGAAUCUACACUGUAUGCAGAAGCUGAGGUACAGAGUACUGUUGGGCUGGAAACCUGCCCUUCCCUGCUAGAGCAGAACCAGAAGAGACUGGUGCAGCUGGAGCUCUUGCGAAUACACGCCUUAAAAAAGGCAGAAAGAAAUAUAAGACGGAAAAAGGUCAAAUUCCAGCUGGAAAGGAUAGUCAAAAAGCAGAAGUUACUGGAAGCCAAGCAAAACCUAGAGCAGCUGGAGGCUAGCUGCUGGCUAAACGAAGACAAUGUGAAACAAUCCCAAGUCCUGAACCAACAUAUUGCAGCAGCCUCUUGCGAUUGUCAGCUGGAAAAGCGAAGGAAGUCAUUGGGUUCAAGUUCCUUGCAACACAGGCGGCAUUCACUCUGUUACCUCCGUCUGCCCCACGUACCCAGCUGUUUGUUGAAGAGGGAGACUGUCUCGGAGUUAUCUACCUCACCAAAUACUGAUCAAUGCUGUGAAGGCAGUCCAUCAGGGAAGCUGUCAUCUGUAGAAUAUCUUUACAGAAAAGCUAAAGACGUUUCCGGGAGAGAUGACCUUAAUGAUGAAAAAGGUACCUCCUUUCCAGUCCAGAGGCAGCUAAGUGAAAAACAAAAAGUAUCCUCAUUUGGAAAUAAAAAAGGAGCAGAAAAGAUCGCUAAUGAUUCAGCUGUCAUGGAUCAUAUUAACAGAAUUGAUCAAAAAAUUGAAAAGUUGGAUGACAGCCCAGGGGAAACUGGAUCUCAAAACCAGACCUCUAAAAGUUGCUCUCCUGAUCAUUUUAAAGAGAAAAAUGAACCUGAAACCUUUAUUACAGGAACAAGAAUGAUGAAAGCAAAGGUGUUAGGAGAUUUAAGUCAGCCUGUAAGCAGAUAUAGAGAACAAAAUAUAGCUCAGAUAUCCAAUAAAAAGACUAGAAUGGAUAUCAAUGCAAAAGGCCACAGUUCUUCAGAAAACUUUCCUAAAGAAAUGAUGAAAACAGAGGUGUACGGAAAGCCACCAUCACCGCACCUAAGCCAAACAGCAAAGAAUUUGAAGAGAGUGCCAAACUCAGUCUGGCCAAGUUGUGAGAAACGGCAAGAAUUUCUGAUGGCAGCAACAUCAGUUGGAAAUCUCACCAAGAUGAACACACAGGCACCACUCUGUUAUGUUGAAAAAAAAUGGCACAGUGCUGAGAUGUUGAGUGCUGGAGUGUCCAAAACAGUGGCAGAUGUGCUAGGGAACUGGCAAGAGGAUGAGGAAAAUGAGAUUUCUGAUACUGACAGUUCUUACUCUGUAGAUUCUCUCUCCUGUGCUUAUGCAAAAGCUUUCACAGAGAAACUGAAACAAGAAGAUUUUGACAGGAAUAAAUGUCUCGCCAAUCCAGAAGAUUCUGAGAGUGAUGACAGUCAAAUGUCACAAGAUUCUCUCGUCGAAAAGGAAAAUAAAGCCAAAAAGCAAAAUAAAAGCCGACUUCACAAGUUAAAGGCCCACAAUGAGCCAGCUAAGCUUUACCAAAGCAGAACUGAUCAUCAUGUUUCAUCUUUGGUGACAUCAUAUGCAUCGCGUAGGAGACUGGGAAAAGCGGAAAGAAGUUUUUCUCUGGACAGCUUGGCUGAUGGAGAAGAGAUGCCAGCAGAAGAGCUGAUAGAAGAAUCCAAAUCUGAUUCAUCUGAUGAAAUGCCAGCAGAGAUUUUUUGGAAGUUACAGUCUCCUAGGUCACCAACUAUACAAACUGAGGAAGACCAUGAACUCAAGACCUGUGACAGAGAUGCAGAAGGGACAAAUUAUGAUCUGAAGCUAAGCAGCUCCUUUUAUUUGGAUACUGAAGCACAGCCUGCUUCCAGUAAUGCUUGCAAGCAGUUGCUGAAGGAGAUAAAGGUCUCUUUUGUAGAACAAGAAAGAUCUCUUGAUAGAGGAUUGUAUUACACAAGUGGAAAUCCAUUGCUUACUACUGGUGCUUGGCCUUCAUGUGACUUGAAGGGUGAAAUAAGUAGCCCCAGAAUCACAGCACCUUCUUCCCAGGAAAAUUUGGAAUUUCAAGAUGCUCAUCUGUGCCCUUUGAGCAAACCAGAGGGUUGGUUGAAGAAAGAUGAUCUGAAACAGUCAGCUGCUGAAGUGUCUUUUGUUUCUGGCACAAAGCAGAUAAACAGCAUUACUCAUUUAUCACAUGGUAUAAAUGAAAUAAAUGCAGUGUUCUCCUCUGUCACAUCCGAAGUACCUUUACCUGAAACUGAAACAGCAGCAGAUGCAAGCAGAGUUUCUGAGAAUGGAUCAUUAAAUAGGACUCUUAAAGGAUGGGCAAACUCUGAUGAAAAUACUUUCUUGGAAUCUCAAGGUGUAAUGUCCUCAUUUGUUAGUUCAGUAGGACCAAGCUCUACUUUUCUUCCUAUUUCAGCAAAACAUGAUUAUUGUGAACAUUCAGGGUCAACUCAUCCUGAACAUGAACAACUCAAUGAAUUACCUACUUAUCGGUCUACCACAGAAAGCACACAAACAUUCAGCUGUUUGGAAAGCACCUCCACUGCAGACUGCUUGUCACCUGCGUCUGGAAAAGAAGAGGAUUCUCUCCCCACAAUUUAUCCAGCGCUGCCAAAAGAUCAUAAUCUGAAAAAAAUACCUUUUAUUUCCAUGUUGCCUGUGCAUGUUUUGGAGCAGAGAAAUGGCUGUGUAGAUGCAGAUUUAGAAGAAGAUUUCUUCAGAACUAUUGAAAAAGAUGACCUAGAUGAUGACUGUGGUAACCUGAUGGUAGAAUCAAAGAUAACAGAUUCAGACACCAGAAGUGCACCGGUCUGUGCCCCUGCCACUGGAUCUUCUACAGAACUUGCUCUUAAUAUGGCCUCAACACAGACAUCUACAGUAAAACAACUACAAUUUGGAAACCAUGAGCAACCCUUUCCAAGAAGGGAAAUACCAACAUGUUGUGAUGAGGGUUUCUUUCUCAAUGACACAAGCUGCUAUCCAGUAAGCAGUUAUGCGCUUCCGACAUUCGUUGGACAAGGAGCAGAAUCAGCUGUUACGGUAGGUCUCCUCAGGUCUGGGGAAAGCAAUUUGGAAAUGAUGCAAGAUAUGGAUUAUGAACAAAUGUCUGCAGAAGAAAUAACAGACACAGAUUUUUCUUCAGAGAAAAUAACAUACCAAUGCAACCCUUCAGUUUUUGCUCACAGUGCAAGUUAUGACCAAUCUGCCACACCAAUAGCAAUAUCUCAAAAAGAGAUAAUCUGUAUGAAAACAAGCACAGACAGCUUGACAGAGAUUGUCUCAGAGAUGCCUUCAUUCAGAGAUAAUGAAGAAUAUGAAGCAAAGGAUGAAGACUUGUCUUCAUUAAAUCAUUAUGAAUUUAAAAGCAAAAUUGUUUUAAAAAAUUACUCCCAUGAAUAUUCACUAGCAAACAGUCCUGCAAGUUGCUUACUCCAACAUAUUUCAGAAGACUCUACGUUGUGCGCUGAUAACAUAAGAGAAGAAAGUAGUGAAAGUAAAGAACACAAUAUCUUGAGUUCUCAGUCUGUAGUUCAGGAAGAACUUUCAUCCAAAUAUAAAAACCUAGUGGUAAAUGAGGUAGGUUACCUCACAGUGAACACAAAUGGGAAAGGCACUGAGCUCUUCCCUACUGCUAUUUCUGAAAGUACAAAUAAUUUGCUCCCAGAACCUGAUUCAGGCAAAUUUUACCAAGCUGCAACGAAAGCUAAUCUUCUUCAAAGUGCUUCUGAGACUGAAAAAUAUGAUAAACUAUUGGAGCAUGUCACAACAGUGAAAGGAGAUUGUGAUGACAGAUCUAACCUGACUAUAGAAGCUAGUGCCCCAGAAAGUUGUUCAAGGAUACAUUCUAACUGCUUUCGCACAACAUGCUGUUCAAAAUCAACAGGGCAGAAAAACAAUCUGCUUGGGACUGAUAUUUCUGUGGAAUUUGAUGCAACCAGUGUGUUGGAAACAGAAAUUCAGAACAGAUCUUUACUUGAUUCAAGAGAAGAGAAAGAAGUCCUUUUUGAAAGCGAUUGUCCAGAGAACAUUUUGCUUGUUGGAGAGUAUGUAAACUCAGAGUCUGGAAGAGUAUUUGAAUACAACACAAAUGCAUUAGCUGCUGUUUUCCAAGAGGAAAGUCCUUAUAGGAAUGAAAAAUGCAAGUUUUUUAAAAAUGCAGAAACUCAUUCAGAAGAAACUAUGGUUCCUUAUCAGAGUACAAAAGAAGAAAUGACAAAAUUGAUCAAUGCUGUAAUCAAACUAGAAGAAAAUACAUUGGGAAGUAAAUCCAGACAGACGGAAAGUUUACAUGACUCCCCAGGAGUCGAAGUCCACAGUGAAACUGAGGACAGGAGCAGAGAGAAUUUUAAAGGCAGCCUAACUCAGAAUCCAAAGAAACCUAUUGAUAUUGUAGCUUGUGGAGUCCAGUGUGAGUUUUAUACAGACUUGUGCCUGACAGCAGCACGUGAAGAGACAGAGAAAGAGGAAUCAAAGGUAGUAAGCACUGGUGUAGAACACACUCAGGAAUCAAAAGCAGUUGUGUGUUCUGAUAGCUGUCUUCAAACAAGUAGCUUUUGCCAAAAUGAAAUGAGAGACAAAACAGAAAUAGGUAUUUAUUCAUCAGAGCUUUCUGUUGCUGCCCAAAACACUUCCUCAGCCACAGCCUCCAGCACCACAGAUUUUCCUCAGAAUACUUCAGACUUCCUUGAUGCUUGUGAAGGGCUUUUACAGAGAAACACAACAAUGGAGAAUGUGUUUAAUACAGAGGAUAGAGCUGCAACAGUAAUAAUGACAGGUAGGCAAGGAAAUAGUUUAGAAGAAUCUGAAAAUGAAAAACAAGUAGGUUCUAGCAAUUUAACUGAACAUUGUACACCAAACAGCUUAGCCCAUGAAAGCUUUUAUCAGGAAAACAAAGUUAAUGGAUGUGAAGUGACUGGAAGCAAAGAACAAACUAUCAUGACAAACACUGAGGGGUUGGUUGUUACAAGGCAAGAAGACAUAUGCACAGAUGAAAAUGUUGUUUUAUUUACUGAAGAGACUCCAGCUGUACAUCAGAUGUAUUGUGACAGAGAUGAUGAGGAAAUUUUAAAUCAAUCUGAGAUCCCUGAAAGAUACCUUACAGCUUCAAGACUAGAACAGAAUACUCUGUCAGUAGAUGAUUCAAGGUUAACAGAGGACCACCAUGUUCCUAUUGAAAUGAGUGAAGAUAGUGGCUCAAUGAACUCUGCUAUGGAUAUAAAAAACACAGUGAUUAAAGACAUCAAGGUACAUGACUGUUUAGUAGAUGAUAGUACUAGAACAGACCAAUGCAGAAAUGAAGGAGAAUCUAAAAGUCUCCAUGUUAAAGAGGACAACCAUAUGUAUAUGAGUUGCUCUGUGGAAAAUGUUGAGGAUGGCAAUUCAGAAAACUUGAAUGUAAAUAUUGUUAGAAGUAGCCCUGAUAUUUGUGAAUUGGAUCCAGUAGGCUCCAGAGUUGAGGAGAAGGAGAAAGUGCAUUUGAUAAAUCUAGAGCAAGUAGCCAAAGCAGAGAGAGAAAAGCAGAUGUUUGCAGAAGAGAGAGAGGAGGUAGAACUGAUCAUUCUACAAAAUCUGAAUGAACUGUUCCCUGAAAGCAAAGACAGCUGCCAACUGACACAUGAUGAUAGCAGAUUAGAUGAAAUUUUAAGAGAAAGCCAGUGGGUGUCUACAAGCUUUUCUAGAAAUAAUGAAAACACCAGCAAGCGACAAAAUCCACCAGCAACACUAAAGUCUACUGAAAAAAUUCAAGAAGAUUCACUUAAAGACUCCCCAUGCCAGUCUGUAAAUCAUCUUUUAUACCCUGGAGUAAGUGACAAUUCCUAUCUUGUUCAAGAUGUUCCUACUGCAUUGAAAGGACAUACAAAACCAUCUGACAGCAGUGUUGGAACGGGAGCUGUUCUUCCUUAUUAUGAAACGUUAAUGGAGAAUGAAGUCUGUGUUGUCGCAGCUGUUAAAAUUGACAAAAAGGGAGUAGAUAAAUCACUUUCUGAUAAAAUACAAAGUAAAAGUGCUGCUUUCCUGCAAAGCAGGAUCAUGCUGGACAGACAGGAGAAAAGAUCCCUUAACAGUGCACCUGAUUCUGCUGAAUCUGGGCAACCUGUCAAUGAGAAGGACAUCUCUUCUACUCCCUAUAGUCUAGGAUGUUAUGAAUCUGAAACUGUUGCCCUUAAGCAAGGGUCAGAAGGAAAUUCAUUUUCCUUGGAAAAAUUAGAUUCUUCUGAAGAUAUAAUUCAAGAUGUUAACAGCUCUCGUGAAGAGCAUAGCAUGGAUUUAAUGGUUAACAAACUAUCAAAAGACCGUUUUAAUUUUGUAGAAGACACAGAGAAAAAGGGUGCCACUGUGUCUCAUUCACUGCUCUUGGAUGGUUCAAGCUUGAUUUCUUCUUCAGAGAAAGAAAUGAUGGAAGAUAUGAGAAAAAUAAAGCAUUCUUUACUAGAUAUCUCUUCUCAAAGAACAUUUCACGAUAUUGCUACAGCUCAGAAAGAGCUUCACUCAUGGAGUUUAUCACAAUGUGAUGAGAAGGAGAAAUGUCUAAACACAAAUUAUACUAUAACAAACAGUAAAAAAGAUAAUGCAAGGUUUCCAGAUGUGUUUGGAUAUUGGAGUGAGCCCAGAGAGCUUCAGGGAUAUGGGACUUCUGAAGAGUACUGUGUAGACCAUCCAGAGACCGCUGUUUCUGAGAAUACUUCAACCCUUUUAGAAAGUCUGAACAAGUCCCCACGGGAAAAUGCACAUUAUAGUGAAGAGUUUUUAAAUAAUAAUAGAAAUUCUUACACUUCUGAAUAUUCUGCUAGUCGCCUGAAUAGCCCAGUCUCAUUUUCAGAUUUUUCAAUCAGCAGCGAAGGAAGCAAAUGUAAAAAUGAUCAUGUUCUCUUUGAAAAAGCAAAAUACUUUGAAAGUGAAUCAACCAAUUUAAGUGUAUCUGUCCCUCUUCCUGAGGUUUGCUCUCUAAAUCAAAAAGGAGAUGAAAGGAAAAAUAAUUCAAAAGUUACAGAGGCCAUAGGUGCUCAGAACAAUAAAGAAGUUGUGGGAACAGAUCAAAAGGGGGAAGCAAUUCAAGAUUCCUUCCAGAACUGCGAUAAUGAAAGAGAAAAUAAAAUGCAUGAGUACUCAGAGGACUACGCUUGCACUUCUAAUGUGACUAUACCAGAAUCGGGCUUGCUUGCUUUUCAAAGGCUGGGACAGAUUUGCAGUAAAGAGUCAAAGUCUCUUCCAUCCUACUCUGCAGAAGAUAUUCCAGCUGAUACACUGUUUCAAAGCUCCAACAACUGUAAUGCUUUUGACUCUGCUUGUUUACUGGGUGACUCAAAGUUUCCAGUAUUUACUCAGCUUGACGACCCACUUCAAGGCACUUAUUUGACUGAGCAAGUAUCCUCCAGUUCUGCAGACCUGCGCUCUGUAAAGGAAAGAGAUUUUCCCCAGCCGUUUCCAAAAGCUAAUUACUCAUCCUUAACAGCAUUUUCAGAAUCAUCUUUAACUGCAGAUACAGACCAUGGUAAAACAGGCACAUACGAUGUUUCACAUACAACUACUUUGAAGCAUUCUCCAUUUGCUGUUUUACAAAUGCAAGACACUCAGUCUGAUAAGGCUGUGGUAUUUGACCAACCAACACCUGUUUCAGGAAGUAUUUUACUUUCUCUCGCAAAAGAAAACAAACAUUAUCCAGUAUCUGACACAGAAUCAUGUGAAGGUUCUGCUGCAGAUGGGGAAUCUGUACAUAGAAGUAAUAGUGAACAAUUUGGCAAUGAUACAAAAGUUGAUCAGCACCUCUGGGGUAAAGUUCCACUACAGAAAGUUCACACAGAAAACCCAGAGAAAGUACUUGAUGACGACGACGACGAUUCUCUUUUAUUACCAUCAUUACCUCUUGGGGAUACUGGAAGGACCAUUCGUAUUAAAGAAGGACAAAUGAGAGAAGUACUUACCAGAAAUGAGGAAGAAUUGCAUUCAAAUGCUGAGGUUGAACCUUCUGCAGUGAAGAGAAAGCAGAGAAAAACAUUAAGUAGAGAACCUGGUGAAGUGCAAACUAUGGUAUCUUCAAAUUCUCUGAAUGAUUUAAUAGGUCCACAAAUUGCAAUGCUGCAAAAUCUGUAUCCAGGAAAUGUUAAUGCGGAUCCUGAGCACAUGUGCAAUUCAUCUGGUCCAACGUGUCCUACACAUAGCAGUAGCAUUGAUCCUAGAGGACUGUAUCACACUGUCUCAGGUUUUGAAAAAAAGCCUCUAGAUCUGCAAGACUUUUGUCAGUAUGUGCCUACAGGUGGUGAUAAUCCAAGCAGAACAAGUACAGAUAGUAGAAAAGAGAUUUUAUUUGGCAAAAAUAAUAUAGGUUCAAGUGUCGAUACCCCUGCUGAUGAUGCAGACGAUUGUCCAAGAACAGGAGAUGCUAUAGUAAAGAAUAACACUCUGAAGUCAGAAAGACUAAAGUUUUCUGUAAUGAAUAAUCAAAAUACCUCCCUAAAGUUUUUACCAGAAAAUCAUGAUUUGCCUCCACAAGAAUCCAAACUGGUGCAAUUCAGGAGCAAAAGAUCAUAUUUUACUACACAGAAUACAAAGAGCUCUAAACAAAGUGAACAGCGACCUUACUUACAAAGUCAUAGACUAUCAGCCCCAGCUAUUGCUGUGAUCUCUGAUCUGGAAUACACUUUGGAAGCUUCAUCUAAAGCGGCUCUUUCGUCAUCUGCUGCAUCUAGAUCACUACAAGAUUUAAAUAUGAGUGUAGAGCCUCCAUCACCAACUGAAGAUGAUCUUCAUGGAAUUGAAAGAUUUUCAAAGCAGGAAUCAAAGAAUUUUCUACAGGUUAAAUCUAAAUCCAAAUUUCAGCAGAGAAUGAAACAAACUAAGAAACCUGAAAACUAUAAUCCAAAAAAUUUACACAAUUAUGGGGAGAGAACUCAAAGCAGCCAGUCUUUAAAAGACUGCACUGUUCGUUCUCCAUCAUCAUUACUGCCCAUAGCUCACCGCUCUGUUGGUGCAGAAGCAAAUAUCCAUUCAAAGAGUAGUUCUGUAGCUCAGUGUAGUGAAGGGAGGGUUGAAGCUGGAUGCCAGUCAGAAGAAACAGAUUUGUUUUUACAAGACAAUAAAGAUGCAAUGCAUUUUAGUUCAAGCGAUAUCAAUCCAUACGUUCAUCCAUGGCAACAAGAUGGAUCUUGCAAGAUUGGCUGGAAACAGUAUGUUUUUGGAAGUGCAAGUGAUGUCUCUUGCAAUCAAAUUCCUUUAAACCUAGAUAAUCGUAAAGUUAUGAGAUGUUCCAGUGUGGACAAUGGAUUGAAUUCUCAAAAUUCUCCUUUUCAUUCUCAUCUCAGUUCAUAUGCUACAGCAAAAGUUUUAUCAAGCACUUUAAGCAGCAUUGAAGAUCUUCAAGGAUGGCACAAUAUUAGAAAGGGCUUUGAAUCUGCAUACCCAAGUGACAGUACCAAGCAGUAUAGCAAUGUAUCCAGUGAAACACUGGAAACUAAUCCAGAAAAUAAUGUUGCCAGUUUUGAUAAUCCUUCUGCACAACCUGGUAACUCUUCAAUGCAAGUCGAUGAAAUCGUACUGUUAUAUCCUUCCGAGUCAGAAAGGUCUUCGAAAAAACUAACAGGAAUUACACGUGAGCAGGGAACACAAACGGCAAUUACAGGAAGGUAUAGAAGACAGAGAAGACACCAGAGAAGCUAUACAGAUGUUUCUGCAAGAAAGCAAGAAACAAGCAGAGAUUUAUUUCAGCAACCUUCUUCCUGGGCAAGCAUGCAGAACCUAUCCAUGCAUCUUUCACAGCUUCUUCAGAACACUUCUGAACUCUUGGGAAACCUCUCUCAACAAAAUAUUAUAGAUAACGAACAGAAUGCCAAAAUCAAGCAAAAGAGAAUGGAAGAGGUUGUAAAGGCUAUUAGAUCAGAUAGCUGCACUCAAACUACAGCAGAUAUAGGCAUUCAAACUGAGAUUUCAGAACCUCAUAGCAAACACAAAGAAAAACUAGUGCAGGCAAAAAUGGAAAAUGAAUUGAGGGCAGCUCAGGCAGUAAACGUUGAUUUGAAAGGGAUAGGUGCCGGUGCAGAAGGUAAGAUUCCCGAAUGGAAAGAGGAAAUGCUCUCUCUCAAAGAAAGAACACAAGAAAGAACUGAGAUGAGAACCUUAAGUAAUCCUGAUUUCCAUGACAGUCUUGAUAGCAUUUUGGAAGAUUCCUUUAUGCGUCUGCCUCGUUUACCCAGAACCUCCACUCCUAUCUUCGGUUUUCAAAAAACUUUAAAUGCGCAGCAGAAUGUUGCUUUUGCUAAUACCAGAGUUUCAUCUAUUGCAUCAUCUUUGCAAAGUUCAGGGCAAGAUGAUUCUUCAUGCACUAUAGUUAGCAGCCCUACUAAUAGCUCCUUGCAAUCUCCAGCAACUUACGCUCAGGGUAAGAGAACUGUCAAUGAAAUGGAGAUUCCAGUAGAAAGAAAACUUUGUCACAAAAACACCUUGUUAGUUGAUAGGGCCUCUUCUCCAAUUCUUACUCUUAGUGCUAGUCCAAACAGCCAGAUAGCUUCUAAAGGGCCUUUGGAAUAUUCCAGUGAUACUUCAAGUCCACUUCACAGGCAGAGAAAGCAGAGGUCUGGACCACAGUCUGGCAUGGAACCUCAUGUGGACAACUUUUCACAGACAGAAACUGACAGUGAAUCGAGCACUUCUAGAAACAACAAGGACACAAGAAAGAAAUCUGGCAGUUGUGCAGAUAAGAAUGCAGCCAAAGAGCUUUUAGAAAGAGAUGGUACAAAAGACUUGAAACAAAAGCAUAGAUUCAUGGUUGACACACACACUACAAUUUGUGCGAAACGACUGUAUCACUCUAGUAGUACAUUAGAGGUCUCUGGCCACAGGGAAUUUUUAACAGAUGGCCUUAGAGACCACGGUCCGCUGGAACGUUCACUUCAUUGUAUGUAUGUCACAAGGAGAGGAAGAGGCUCUUUAGGAGGAAUCAGGCAUGAAAAGCAUGUGGAUAAUUCUGAUACUGCAUUGCUUCAUAACUACUCACCUCCAAAUUCCAACUUACUUUUUAAUCAAGAAAUUAGUGCCACUUCUUCAAAUAAGACAAAUGCUGACCAGUCUUCAGAACCUCAGGUAGAAGCAUCUUCUCUACAAUUUCCUGAUUUCUUUUGGAAAAAUGAAAAUAGCUGCCCUCUCCCUCUCUCUGACAUGAGCGAAGUGCAGACUUCCUUGCAAGAUGACAAUACAGAUUCUCUGUCUGAAAGUGAAUGUGACACUGAAAUCCUUCUGAACAGAAACACGACUUUUGCAAAGCCUCACAGGCCUCGGAGCUACAGUCUUCGUGACUUACCCAUACACAAUAAAUUUAGCAACUGGUGUGGUUUUAAGGGGGGUCCUCCUUCUUCCUUACUUAGCUUGAGUGGCAGUAUGGCUGAUUUACGAAGUCAGGUAGAAAAGAAACCUAGAAGCAAACAAGCAACAGAAAUGGAAGGAAAAUCUCAGCUCUGCGAAAGCAGAAACAGAGAGAUUGAGAGACUUCAGAGAGAACGUGCUCAGAUUAUGUCUGGCAUGCACCUGGAUCUGCACCAGCACCCCCUUACUGUGGAGCUCACCGAAGCAAAGCUGAAUUACGGCAUUGGGGAGACAGACGCGCUGCUGAGAAUUCUUCAGAGCGGAACCACAGAUGACCUGAUGUCGAUUCCAGUAAAGCAGCAACUUUAUGAAAGACACAUGAGGACUAUUGAAACUCUGAGGAAGGAAAGAGAAAAAAGGCUGCAAAGGUACCGAAGAAGCCGAAGUCUGAGUCCUCAAAAGCAUCUGAGUCUGUUGCAGGCGAUGGAUGCAAGUCAGAGGGAUAUAGAUCUCCCCAGCAGACGGCGAGAAUAUCUGCAACAACUGAGAAGAGAUGUGGUGGAAAAUACUAGAAUUCAAGAACCAAAAAGAAGUGUUCAGCACCCUUCAGAGAUCGAGCUGUUGCUCCGAGACUAUCAGAGGGCACGAGAGGAAGCCAAGACUGAAAUUGCACGAGCUAGGGACAAACUUCGGGAGAGAGCUGAGCAAGAAAAAAGGCGUAUACGGGAGCAAAUAUUUUCUCAGUUACAGAAGGAAGAAGCCAGGCUGAAGACUCUUGUAAGUACAAGCACUUUAUGUACGGACUCCAGCCUCAGCCUUUCCUCUGGCCCAACAUCAGGUUACAACAGUAGUAACACAGCUACAUAUACUGCAAGUAAACUCAGCAGCCAGGACAGCCAGGAGGGACAGGUCUCUUCAGGAAAUGCAGAGCUUUCAAGAGGAGAUACAAGAGGUCGUUCAGCUGUUAGAAAUAGUCAGCUUCAUGCAUUAGAACAACUACAGAAGGACUCAGCAUUUGAAGCCAGCAGAAUUCAGCCACCUUUUACCUCUGGUAGCAUCAGCUGUAGGUUCACUCACGGAUUAACUAUUUCAGUCAGCUCUUCCUCAACAAAAGGAUAUCAAGAUUUAUCUAAACAUAUCUUGGCGAAUGCUACCACUGAGGUAAUGGCAGCAUGCUCUCAUAACCUGAGGAAUCUCUAUACAUGCCAAUCAGCAGCUGGUUGGAAGUACCAAGGUACUGAAAAAGAGGUGCUGAUUUACUAUAAAGUCUUCCCUUCAGCAACAAAGCAUGGGUUUCUGGGAGCAGGCGUGAUAGAAAGACCUCUUCCACAUGUGUGGGGACUAGUGAGAGAUCCUGGCAAAAGGCAUCUGUAUGACAGAACCAUCAACAUAGCUCGAAUACACAAGAAGGUAACCAGCCAUAUUCAGCUGGUAUAUUUAGUGACUGACACCUCCCUGUGUUACCUAAAGCAACCCCGUGAUUUCUGCUGCAUUACUGUAGAAGCCAAAGAGGAGAACUUGUCUGUCUUGGCAAUUCAGUCUGUCUAUGAUGCAUCAAUGCCUCACCCUUGUAAAGAAGCGGUGAGAGGGGAGAUUUUGCCAAGUGCCUGGAUACUGGAACCUGAUGUAGUGAACGGAAAAGAUAUCACCAGAGUCAUUUACAUGACACAGGUGGAUCUUGGUGCCCCAGCUAUUCCUGCAAGGCUGCUGAGUUCCAUUGCUAAGCGACAGCCUUUGGUGAUUGCUCGACUAGCACACUUUCUUGCUUGUUAGUACUUGCCACAAAACUGGAUACUUAGAGCAGCUGGAAGUUUGGAGGGAGAUGCAAGCAUCUGUAAGGGUAAUGUAAAAUGCUGGCUCAUAAGACAGUUGCAGUCAAGCCUGACUUGAGAAGCCUGAUUGCUAACCUGGGAGUAUACAAAACUAUAACCAGAAGAAAGGAUCGUGUAUUUCAACCAGUGUGGCUUAGGAGAAACCUAGCAAGUUUUAUGGGGGGGUACUGCUCCUUCCUGAGACAGCUGUGGAAAAGCUCUUAAGGAGCAACACAAAGGUAUGCUGUCUCUAGAAAGAGGAGAGAGAAACUUCACUUUACAAUAGCCAGCAUCUUACAUGCAGAAGUGUAUUACAAGUUUUCUGUUUCCAAGGGGUUUUAAAGAUCAACCUUCUCUCUCUGAGAUAAUUUAGGCAGUGGUGAGAAAAAGGCAAUGGAAGUGAUGAAAUGCAUUACAAACUGGAAAUGGUGAGUAUACAUACGGCUUGAGAUCUUUUGCAAGCUCUCAUUAAAGAUGCAAACCCACAAUCUAAUGUUAAGAUAAAUAUCAAAUGCAGAAUUCCUAACAGUGUAGUCAGUCAGCUUGCCAAGUUAAAUGACUGACUUCCCCUUGAAGGGAAGUUAAAACAGCAUGAGACCCACUAGUCAUUCUACACCCUGGAUAGAUUUUUCUCAGAUAGUUGGCUGACUACUUGUAGGCAGCAUAAUCAGAUUGUCACUACACUAUGCAGCAACAGCAGAAAACACCAUACCUCAGGACACACAGUUAUACUGCACUACAGAAUUAGGUGCUUUGAAAUAAUAAAGAAACCAAACGGACAGUUGUAAACAAUGACACUUUGCCGUUAAUAGGGAGUAGUACUGACUAAUUGGCUUGGUUCUUAAACCAAGAACUUAAAUCCUGCAAAUAAAGGAGCUCAAGCACUUUUUCAUAAUGGCUUUUUUCAUCAGUCCUUUUACACUUCUACCCCAAAGCAUUCAGAGUUGAAAAUCUAGCCUGGAAUAGUCUUAUCUCACUUUGUUCA